AUGGCCGCAUCACCCGGCCCAAGGGCCAUCAAGGUCAGCCUCUCCACCAUCGCCAAAACCAUCGACCACUCUCUCUUGCACCCCACCAUGACAGACGCCGAGAUCGAAGCCGGCCUGCAGACCGCCCGCAGCUACAACGUCGCCGCCGCGUGCAUCAAGCCGUACAGCAUCGCGCAGGCGCGGCGCGUCCUCGCCGGCUCGGACGUCCGCGUCUGCGCCGUCGUCGGCUUCCCGCACGGCAGCUCCACGCGGGCGGCCAAGGUCGCCGAGGCGCAAGAGGCGGUGCGCGCCGGCGCGGCCGAGGUCGAUGUCGUGGUCAAUGUGGGCAAGGUGCUGGGCGGGCAGUGGGGCUAUGUCGAGGAGGAGAUCGCGGCUGUGAAUGAGGUUGUUACGAGCACGGCUGUUGGGGAUGGGGCGGCGGAUGGAGAAGGAGAGAAGAAGAAGACAGCUAUCCUGAAAGUGAUCUUCGAAAACGACUACCUGCAGGAGGAGCACAUCGCGCGACUAUGUGAGAUCUGCACGCGAGUGAAGGUGGCAUUCGUCAAGACGAGCACGGGGUACGCGAUGGUCAAGCAGAGCAACGGCAUGUACAGUUACAAGGGGCCGACGGUCCCGCACCUGAAGCUGAUGAGGGAGAAGUCUGGCCCGGAGGUGCAGAUCAAGGCAGCUGGGGGGGUGAGGACCCUGGAUGACUUCUUGUUUGUGAUGAGUCUGGGCGUCACGAGGGUGGGUGCUACUGCGACGGCGGCGAUUUUGGAGGAUGCGAAGGAAAGAGGGAUUGGGGAGACGCAGGUUGAGGUGGCUUUGAAAGAGAUAGGAAGCGUCGGUGGUGGAUACUGA